CUGAGUUCUGCACAGGUGAUAUGUUACCAUCUCUUAGAUUUCUGUGUUGAGACUAGUACCAAUUUGAUGCUCCUUGGCAGUUAACUUGUGAUUUACUGGGAGACAGAGAAUAGAUCUGUGGUUAAGUUCACAGCACCAUGUUUCAAGAUUCCUUCCCUCAAAACUCACUUCUCAAAGCUAAACAGGUUUUUUGUUUUUUUUUUAGUACACUCCUGAGAUUAUAAAAACUUUGUUGGUUGAUUCAUUUAUGAUAUGUAAAGACUGACCUAUGAUUUUUAUAUUCCAAUUUUACUUGUUAAAAUUCUUUAUGGUUUACUAUUGACAUUAAUAUAUUUGUCCUUUUUUUGCAGGUGAAGCUUUAUUGUAAGAGUUUGUUUCAUCUAGUUUGUGAACCCAAAUUAUAUAUUUGUAAAUGUUACAGAAGCGUUAAAAGACUGCUCUGUCAUGAGUGCCGACAGUAACUCAUUGGCCCGUGAAUUUCUGACUGAUGUCAACCGGCUUUGCAAUGCAGUGGUGCAGCGGGCGGAGGCCAGGGAGGAGGAAGAGGAGGAGACACACAUGGCCGCCCUGGGCCAGUACCUCGUCUAUGGGCGAGGAUUUCUGUUACUCACCAGGCUAAAUUCUAUCAUUGAUCAGGCGCUGACUUGCAGGGAAGAGCUCCUGACUCUGCUUCUGUCGCUCCUUCCCCUGGUGUGGAAGAUCCCCGUUCAGGAGCAACAGGCUACAGAUUUUAACCUGCCAUUGUCACUGGAUAUAAUCCUGACCAAAGAAAAGCACUCAAGUGCACAAAGGUCUACUCAGGGAAAAUUAUAUUUGGAAGGAAGUACCCCAUCUGGUCAAGUUGCUGCAAAAGUAAACCUUUCUCGAAAAAGCAGACGACAGCGUAAAAGUACCCAUCGCUACUCUGUAAGAGAUGCAAGAAAGACACAGCUCUCCACCUCUGACUCAGAAGGCAAUUCUGACGAGAAAAGCCCAGCCGUGAGUAAGCCCAGACGGCCCCGCGUGUUGCAGCACUUUGCAGUGCAUUCUCCUAAAGGCCGCCUCACAGCUAAACUCCACUCUCUUGUAGCCAAAGAGCAGGCUCCUUCUGACACCAUGGCUUUGGAAAAUUCCAGAGAUUUCAUUCCAAGACUGGAGUCAAACACUGACAUUUUAAGUGAGCCAGCUGCCUUGUCUAUUCUCAGUAACAUGAAUAAUUCUCCAUUUGACUUAUGUCAUGUCCUGUUAUCUUUACUGGAAAAAGUUUGUAAGUUUGACAUUGCUUUGAAUCAUAACUCUGCCCUGGCAGCCAGUGUAGUGCCCACCCUGACUGAAUUCCUGGUGGGUUUUGGGGACUGCUGUAAUCUAAAUGACUAUGCAGAGAGCCAAGCGCUGUCUGUAGGUUGGACUGAAGAGCCAGUGGCUUUGGUUCAACGGAUGCUCUUUCGAACAGUGCUGCAUCUUAUGUCAGUAGAUAUUAAUGCUGCAGAGGCAGUGCCAGAAAGUCUUAGGAAACAUUUAACCGAAUUGCUCAGGGCAGCUUUAAAAAUCAGAGCAUGCCUAGAAAAGCCGCAUGACCCUUUUGCACCAAGACAAAAGAAAACACUAGAGGAGGUCCAGGAGGGCUUCGUGUUUUCCAAGUUUCGCCAUAGAGCCCUGCUUCUACCUGAGCUUCUGGAAGGAGUUCUACAGAUCCUCAUCUGUUGUCUUCAGGCUGCAGCUUCAAAUCCCUUCUACUUCAGUCAAGCCAUGGACUUGGUUCAAGAGUUCAUUCAGCACCAAGGAUUUAAUCUAUUUGAGACGGUGGUUCUUCAGAUGGAAUGGCUGGUGGCAAGAGAUGGGGUUCCUCCUGGGGCCGCGGAACAUUUGAAGGCGCUCAUCAGCAGUGUGCUGAAAAUCAUGAGCACUGUCAAAAAAGUGAAAUCAGAGCAGCUUCAUCACUCAGUGUGUCCUAGAAAACGACACCGCCGCUGUGAGUAUUCCCACUUCAUGCAUCACCACCGGGAUCUCUCCGGGCUCCUUGUUUCCGCUUUUAAAAACCAGCUUUCCAGAAACCCGUUUGAAGAGACUGCGGACGGAGCGGUUCAUUACCCCGAGCGCUGCUGCUGCCUUGCGGUGUGUGCCCACCAGUGCCUGCGCUUGCUGCAGCAGGCUUCCUUGAGCAGCACCUGCGUCCAGAUCCUGUCAGGGGUGCACAGUGUCGGCAUAUGCUGCUGUAUGGACCCCAAGUCGGUGAUCGCCCCUCUGCUCCAUGCCUUUACAUUGCCGUCGCUGAAACACGUUCAGCAGCAGGUACUGAAUAUCCUUAACAAGCUUAUUUUGGACCAGUUAGGAGGAGCAGAGAUAUCACAGAAAAUUAAAAAAGCUGCUUGCAACAUCUGUACUGUGGACUCUGACCAACUGGAAGAGUCCCUGCAGGGUAACGCACGUGAUGACGCCCUUGCUCCCGGCUUGCCCAGCCCCUCCUACAGAUGCCAAGGCAUCCUGCCCAGCAGCGGCUCUGAAGACUUGCUGUGGAAGUGGGAUGCCCUAGAGGCUUAUCAGAAACUUGUUUUUGAGGAAGACAGAUUGCAUAAUAUACAUCUUGCAAAUCACAUCUGCAAUUUAAUUCAGAAAGGCAAUGUAGUUGUGCAGUGGAAACUGUAUAAUUAUAUAUUUAACCCCGUGCUCCAAAGAGGCGUUGAAUUAGCACAUCACUGUCAACACCUGAGCACCACGUCAGCUCAGACUCCUAGGAGUAGCCCUCAGAAACAGUGCGUGCCUCAGGAAGUGCUUCAGAUCUACCUAAAAACUCUGCCUGGCCUGCUCAAAUCCAGGGUAAUAAGAGAUUUAUUUUUAAGUUGUAAUGGAGUAAGUCAAAUAAUUGAAUUAAAUUAUCUAGAUGGUAUGCGAAGCUAUUCCUUGAAAGCAUUUGAAACUCUCAUAAUCAGCCUGGGGGAUCAACAACAAGAUGCUUUGGUCCCAGGUAUUGAUGGAGUGGACACUGAGCAGAAGGAGCCGCCAUCGUUCAGUGCUGAUCCUUCCCUUCCUAACCAGCGGGCUUGUUCAGAGGCGCCUCAGAGCCUCCGCAAGUUCUAUGCCACUCUCAAAGAAGCUUUUCCAAAAAAACGGAAGACGGCUCACCAGGAUGUGCACAUCAACACCAUAAACCUCUUCCUCUGUGUGGCAUUUCUGUGUGUAAGUAAAGAAGCAGAGUCCGACAGGGAGUCAGCCAGUGAGUCCGACGACACAUCGGGCUAUGACAGCACCGCCAGUGAGCCUUUGAGUCACAUGCUGCCAUGUCUGUCCCUUGAGAGCCUCGUCUUGCCUUGUCCCGAACGUUUGCACGAAGCAGCAGACGUUUGGUCGAUGUGUCAUUGGAUCUACAUGCUGAGCCCAGUCUUCCAGAAACAGUUUCAUAGGCUUGGUGGUUUCCGAGUGUGUUAUAAGUUGAUAUUUAUGCUAAUACAGAAACUAUUCCACAGUCAUGAGGAGGAGCGAGGAACAAGGCAGGGAGACAUGACUAUAAAUGAAAACCAAGACCUUGUGAGAGCCUCUCCAGCUGAGUCGACAUUGAAAGAAGACUUAGCACCUUUAACUAUAAAACCUGACCCCAUGCCAUCAGAACUGGGAAGUCUAAGUGGCAGUGCAGACAGCGUGGGUACAUUAGAGUCACAGCAAAUUUCUUGCACAAAUGUGGAACACAUUUCAGCUCCUGAAGUUGCUCCUGAGGAAGCAAAGGUGUUUGUGAGUCGAGAAAAGGAGGCUUCACUUCAGAGCAUAAGACUUUUGGAAGCGCUUCUGGCCAUUUGUCUUCAUAGUGCCAGGACAAGUCAGAAGAUGGAACUGGAGCUAUCUACCCAGAACAUGUCUGUGGAAAGUAUAUUAUGUGAGAUGAGGGACCAUCUUUUCCAGUCGAAGGUGACUGAAACAGAGUUAGCAAAGCCUCUAUUUGAUGCCCUGCUUCGCGUAGCCCUGGGGAGCCACUCAGCAGACUUGGACCAUAACGACCCUAUGACUGAGAAGAGUCGUCCACCUGGGGAAGAAUUGUCAUCCCAGCCUGGAGAUUUUUCAGAAGAAGCCGAGGAUUCUCAGUGUUGUAGUUCCAAACUUCUGGGUGAAGAAGGAGGUUAUGAAGCAGACAGUGAGAGCAACCCUGAGGACGGUGAACCUGGGGACGAUGGGUUAGAAGUAAAGCCUGAAGCAGAAGGUUUCUGUGCCUCCGUAGGUCUCAAUGACUUACUUGAAAACCUCACUCAAGGGGAAAUAGUCUACCCUGAGAUUUGUAUGCUGGAAUUAAAUUUACUGUCUGCUAGCAAAGCCAAGCUAGAUGUGCUUACUCAUGUAUUUGAGAGUUUCCUGACAAUUAUCAGGCAGAAGGAAAAGAAUGUUUUUCUGCUCAUGCAGCAGGGAACUGUGAAAAGCCUUUUAGGAGGAUUCUUGAGUAUUUUAACACAAGCUGAUUCUGAUUUUCAAGGAUGCCAGCGAGUGUUGGUGGAUCUGCUAGUAUCUUUAAUGAGCUCAAGAACAUGUUCAGAGGAUCUAACCCUUCUUUUGAGAAUAUUUCUGGAGAAAUCUCCGUGUACAGAAAUUCUUCUUCUGGGUGUGUUGAGAGUUGUUGAGAGUGACGUUGCCAUGAGCCCCUCACAGUACCUGACCUUCCCUUUGCUGCACACUCCAAGUGUAAGCAAUGGUGUCUCGUCACAAAAGUGUCUUGGGAUUCUGAACAACAAAGCCAUGGGCUUAUUGAGAAGAGCACGGAUUUCCCAGGGCAGGAAAGAAGCCGGCAGAGAGGGUUUCCCCCACCGUCUCCUUUCCUCUUGGCACGUAGCCCCAAUCCACUUGCCGCUGCUGGGGCAGAACUGCUGGCCACACCUGUCAGAAGGUUUCAGUGUUUCUCUGUGGUUCAAUGUGGAGUCUGUCCAUGAAUCUGAGAGUACUGCAGAAAGAGGAAAGAGAAGGAAGAAAAAGAACAAGUGGUUGGUUCUACAGGACGGUAGUUUAGAUGGAACAGAGAGCGACAGAACAGAAGGUGCCGAGUCUGUAGACCCUGGUGAAAGACUAAUAGAAGAAGGCUGUGUUCAUCUGAUUUCACUGGGUUCCAAAGCGUUGAUGAUCCAAGUGUGGGCCAGUCCCCACAGGGGCACUUUUACCUUUCGCAUGUGCAUGGACUCAAACGAUGAUACAAAAGCUGUUUUACUUGCACAAGCUGAAUCACAGGAAAAUAUUUUCCUUUCAAGCAAAUGGCAACAUUUAGUUCUCACCUACCUACAGCAGCCACAAGGGAAGAAGAACAUUCAUGGGAAAGUCUCCAUCUGGAUCUCUGGGCAGAGGAAAUCGGAUGUCAUUUUGGAUUUUAUGCUUCCAAGAAAAACAAGCUUAUCAUCUGAUAGCAACAAAACAUUCUGCAUGAUUGGUCAUUGUUUGUCAGCUCAAGAAGAAUUUUUGCAGUUGGCUGGAAAAUGGGACCUGGGAAAUUUGCUUCUCUUCAAUGGAGCUAAGAUUGGUUCACAAGAAGCCUUUUAUCUUUAUGCUUGUGGACCCAACCAUACGUCGGUAAUGCCAUGUAAGUAUGGCAAGCCCGCCAUAGACUACUCCAGGUACAUUAAUAAAGAGAUACUGCACUGUGAGCAAGUCAGAGAGCUGUUUAUGACCAAGAAACAUGUGGACCUUGGCCUCUUAAUUGAAAAUCUUUCAGUUGUGUACACAACUUACUUCCCUGCUCAGUACACAAUCUAUGAGCCAGUGAUUAGACUCAAAGGUCAAGCAAAAGCCCAGCUUUCUCAAAGACCCUUCAGCUCAAAAGAAGUCCAGAGCAUCGCACUAGAACCUCCUCAGCUGAAGGCCCUCCAGCCUACUGAGUGCCAGAGUCUCCAGAGCAUAUUGCAUGAGAUCGGUGGAGUGGGUACAUUCGUAUUUCUCUUUGCCAGGGUAAGCAAAAUCCUGGUUUCAGAUUUGUCCAAAGAGGGACUACUACUUGUUUCUUAUAAAGGGUUCCCUGGGGAUUGUUUUUUUCAGGAACAUAAAGAAGGGCAGCUUACAUCCAUGCCCCAAGAGGUUUGUAGAUCAUUUGUGAAAAUUAUUGCAGAAGUCCUUGGAUCUCCUCCGGAUUUGGAAUUAUUGACAAUUAUCUUCAAUUUCCUUUUAGCAGUUCACCCUCCUACUAAUACUUACGUUUGUCACAACCCCACAAACUUCUAUUUUUCUUUGCACAUAGAUGGGAAGGUCUUUCAGGAGAAGGUCCAGUCAAUCAUGUACCUGAGACACUCCAGCAGUGCAGGAAGGUCCCAAGCCAGCCCUGGGUUUCUGGUGAUAAGCCCGUCUGGUUUUACUGCUUCCCCAUCUGAAGGAAACAACGCCUCCAGUAUUAUUCCACGGCAGCCGGCUGCCCACAUGCCGCGCUCCAGAAGCCUGCCGGCGUUUCCUACCUCGUCCCCUCGAGAACAGCCACAGAAACUCACUAGAAGCUUGGGCUGUGGUAUGGACAAGUUGCAAACCAUUGUAGAUACCUACCCCACCACCCAGCCCGAGAAACCAACUCCUUUGGGGAGUUCAGACAUGCCGACAUCCGACAGAGAGGACCCGCUCAUCAGUAGCUGUGAAUCUGCAAAAGCCGUGUGUGAGGUGGAAGCUGUUCUUGCAUCCCGAGCCUCUGCCGGUGCUGUCUCCCCGGGAGCACAGGGGGACCCUGCAGCCAGAGUAGACCACAGUGACUUGGGAGCGGAGCCCCAAUGGGAUGGUGACGGUCCUGGGGAGGAUUCCUGCCCACGCCGACCUGACAACCUCAAGGGCCUGGCCUCGUUCCAGCGAAGCCACAGCAUGAUUGCAAGCCUCGGCCUAGCUUUCCCCGCACAGAAUGGCUCUGCAGCCGCCAGCCGGUGGCCGAGUCUCGUUGAUAGGAACACCGAUGACUGGGACAGCUUUGCCUUUUCUCUUGGCUAUGAGCCAAGCUACAGCCGAGCUGCAAGUGCUCCCAGUGUAACUGAAGACUGCUUGGUGCUCAUAUGCUGUGGCUUGUACGAACUCCUGAGUGGCGUCCUCCUCAUCCUGCCUGAUGCUAUGCUUGCAGAUGUGAUGGACAAACUUAUUCCAGCAGACACACUCUUAGUCCUUGUUAACCACCCAUCACCAGCUAUCCAGCAAGGAGUUAUUAAGCUAUUACAUGCAUACUUUAAUAGAGCAUCUAAGGAACAAAAGGAUAAGUUUCUGAAGAAUCGUGGCUUUUCCUUGCUAGCCAACCAAUUAUAUCUUCAUCGGGGAACCCAGGAAUUGUUAGAAUGCUUCAUUGAAAUGUUCUUUGGUAGACGUAUUGGCCUUGAUGAAGAAUUUGAUCUGGAGGACGUGAAAGCCAUGGGACUGUUUCAGAAGUGGUCUGUCAUUCCCAUCCUGGGGCUUAUAGAGACCUCGCUGUAUGACAAUGUACUUCUGCAUAAUGCUCUCUUACUUCUCCUCCAAGUUUUAAAUUCUUGUUCUAAGGUAGCAGACAUGUUGUUGGACAAUGGGCUACUCUACGUGUUAUGUAACACAGUAGCAGCCCUGAAUGGAUUAGAAAAGAACAUUCCUUUGAGUGAAUACAAAUUGCUUGCAUGUGAUAUACAGCAGCUGUUUAUAGCAGUUACAAUUCACGCUUGCAGUUCCUCAGGCUCACAGUAUUUCCGAGUUAUUGAAGACCUUAUUGUACUUCUUGGAUAUCUUCAAAAUAGCAAAAACAAAAGGACACAAGAUAUAGCUCUUGCCCUGCAGCUUAGAGUUCUCCAUGCUGCCAUGGAAUUUAUAAGGAGCACCGCGAAUCAUGACUCUGAAAACUCAGCAGAUACAUCCCUCUCCCCUUCUACUCCAUACUGUGCAGCGUUUCAGAAGCGGAAAAGCAUUGCUGGUCCUCGAAAAUGUCCCCUAGCUCAGAAUGAAUCUCUUCUGAUGAAAAUGCGUUCUGUGGCCAGUGACGAGCUCCAUUUGAUGAUGCGGAGGCGAUUGAGCCGGGAGCACCCUGGGCAAGCCCCGGAGGCGGAGCUCGCACAGAGGCUGCAGAGGCUCAUGGUCCUAGCAGCCAACAGGAUCAUCUACCAAGAGUUUAACCCAGAUGUUAUUGACAUUUUGAGAACUCCAGAAAAUACAACUCAAAACAAGACCUGGGUCUCUCAGACUGAAAUUUCUGAAGAAAAUAUCAGUGAACAGCCUUCUGUCUUCAAUCCAUUUCAGAAAGACAUGUUGACAUAUCUUUUAGAGGGAUUCAAAGUGUCUAUUGGUUCAAGUAAGGCCAGUGGUUCUAAGCAGCUAUGGGCUAAAAUCCUGUGGUCUUGUAAGGAAACCUUCCGGAUGCAGCUUGGGAGAUUACUAGUGCACAUUGUGUCCCCAGCCCACACUGUGCAGGAGAGAAAGCAAAUCCUGGAAAUCAUUCAUGAACCCAGUCACCAGGAAAUACUUCGAGACUGUCUCAGCCCUUCCUCCCAACAUGGAGCCAAGUUAGUUUUAUAUUUAUCAGAGUUGAUACAUAAUCACCAAGAUGAGUUGUCUGAGGAGGAACUGGACAUGGCAGAAGAGCUUCUGAGCGCUCUGAAGUUCUGUGGCCACAAGUGCAUUCCACCCAGCGCUUCAUCUAAACCAGAGCUUCUCACGAUGAUCACGGAGGAGCAAAAGAAAUAUGAAACUGAAGAAGGCAUGAGUAAAGCUAACUGGCAGAAAACAGUUAACAAUAAUCAGCAAAGUCUCUUCCAGCGCCUCGAUUCAAAAUCAAAGGAUAUAUCUAAGAUAGCAGCAGACAUCACCCAAGCGGUGUCCCUCUCCCAGGGAAUUGAGAGGAAAAAGGUGAUCCAGCACAUUAGAGGAAUGUACAAAGUAGAUCUGAGUGCCAGCAGACACUGGCAGGAGCUCAUCCAGCAGCUGACGCACGACAGGGCGGUGUGGUAUGACCCUAUCUACUAUCCAACUUCUUGGCAGCUGGAUCCAACAGAAGGCCCCAACCGGGAGAGGAGACGCUUGCAGAGAUGCUACUUAGCUAUUCCCAAUAAGUACCUCCUGAGGGGCAGACAGAGGUCAGAAGAUGUGCUCAAGCCACCGCUCUCCUACCUGUUUGAGGACAAAACCCAUUCUUCCUUCUCCUCCACUGUCAAAGACAAAGCUGCCAGCGAAUCCAUAAGGGUAAAUCGAAGAUGCAUUAGUGUUGCACCUUCCAGAGAGACAGCUGGUGAACUGCUGUUAGGUAAAUGUGGAAUGUAUUUUGUAGAAGAUAAUGCUUCUGAUCCAGUUGAAAAUUCGAGCCUUCACGGAGACUUAGAACCAGCAUCAUUUUCCUGGACAUAUGAAGAAAUUAAAGAAGUUCACAAGCGAUGGUGGCAAUUGAGAGAUAAUGCUGUAGAAAUCUUCUUAACAAAUGGCAGAACACUCCUGUUGGCAUUUGACACCACCAAGGUCCGUGAUGAUGUAUAUCACAAUAUACUCACAAAUCACCUCCCAAAUAUUUUGGAAUAUGGUAACAUCACUGCUCUGACAAAUCUGUGGUAUGCUGGACAAAUUACCAAUUUUGAAUAUUUGACUCACUUAAACAAACAUGCUGGCCGGUCCUUCAAUGACCUCAUGCAGUACCCGGUAUUCCCAUUUAUUCUCUCUGACUACAUUAGUGAGACACUUGACCUCAGUGACCCGUCAGUCUACAGAAAUCUCUCUAAGCCAAUUGCUGUGCAGUAUAAAGAAAAAGAAGAUCGUUAUGUGGACACAUACAAGUACUUGGAGGAAGAGUACCGCAAAGGAGCGCGGGAGGAUGACCCCAUGCCGCCCGUACAGCCCUAUCACUACGGCUCCCACUACUCCAACAGCGGCACCGUGCUGCACUUCCUGGUCAGGAUGCCUCCCUUCACCAAGAUGUUCCUAGCCUAUCAAGAUCAAAGUUUUGACAUUCCAGACAGAACUUUUCACUCUACCAAUACAACUUGGCGCCUCUCGUCUUUUGAAUCCAUGACUGAUGUGAAAGAGCUUAUCCCAGAGUUUUUCUAUCUUCCUGAGUUCUUAGUUAACCGUGAAGGUUUUGAUUUUGGUGUGCGUCAGAACGGUGAGCGGGUUAAUCACGUCAACCUUCCUCCGUGGGCCCGGAAUGAUCCUCGUCUCUUUAUCCUCAUCCACCGGCAGGCUCUCGAGUCUGACCAUGUGUCCCAGAACAUCUGCCACUGGAUCGACUUGGUGUUUGGCUACAAGCAGAAGGGGAAGGCUUCUGUUCAAGCCAUCAAUGUUUUCCAUCCUGCUACCUACUUUGGAAUGGACGUCUCUGCAGUGGAGGAUCCCGUUCAGCGACGAGCGCUGGAAACCAUGAUAAAAACCUAUGGGCAGACCCCUCGCCAGCUCUUCCACACGGCCCACGCCAGCCGGCCCGGAGCCAAGCUCAACAUCGAAGGCGAGCUCCCGGCCGCUGUGGGGCUGCUGGUCCAGUUUGCCUUCAGGGAGACCCGGGAACAGGUCAAGGAAAUUACCUAUCCGAGCCCUCUGUCGUGGAUAAAAGGCUUAAAGUGGGGCGAGUAUGUGGGCUCCCCAAGUGCUGCCACGCCUGUGGUCUGCUUCAGCCAGCCCCACGGAGAAAGAUUCGGGUCUCUCCAGGCACUGCCCACCAGAGCUAUCUGUGGUUUGUCCCGCAAUUUCUGUCUUCUGAUGACCUACAGCAAGGAGCAAGGUGUGAGAAGCAUGAACAGCACUGACAUCCAGUGGUCUGCCAUCCUGAGCUGGGGGUAUGCCGACAACAUCCUGAGGCUGAAGAGUAAGCAGAGUGAGCCCCCGAUCAACUUCAUUCAAGGUUCACAGCAGCACCAGGUGACCAGUUGUGCCUGGGUGCCCGACAGCUGCCAGUUGUUCACCGGGAGCAAGUGCGGGGUCAUCACCGCCUACACCAACAGGUUCACCAGCGGCACGCCUUCAGAGAUAGAGAUGGAGGCGCAGGUGCAUCUCUAUGGACACACGGACGAGGUGACCAGCCUGUGCGUCUGCAAGCCCUACAGUGUCAUGAUCAGCGUGAGCAGAGACGGCACCUGCAUUGUGUGGGACCUGAACAGGCUGUGCUAUGUUCAAAGUCUGGCAGGACAUAAAAGUCCCGUGACAGCUGUCUCUGCCAGUGAGACGUCAGGUGACAUUGCGACGGUGUGUGAUUCAGCUGGCGGAGGCAGCGACCUGAGGCUCUGGACAGUGAAUGGCGACCUCGUCGGACACGUCCACUGCAGGGAGAUCAUCUGCUCCGUGGCUUUCUCCAACCAGCCCGAGGGCGUGUCCAUCAACGUGAUCGCCGGGGGGCUGGAGAGCGGGAUCGUGAGGUUGUGGAGCACAUGGGACCUGAAGCCUGUGAGGGAAAUUACAUUUCCCAAGUCGAGUAAGCCUAUCGUGAGCCUGACGUUCUCCUGCGACGGCCACCAUCUGUACACCGCCAACAGUGAGGGCACGGUGAUCGCCUGGUGCCGGAAGGACCAGCAGCGCCUGAAGCAGCCCAUGUUCUACGCCUUCCUCAGCAGCUACGCGGCGGGGUGAGCCGGGGCCCAGCCCCCCAGAGCCACCUGACCUCCGGCCUGGAGGGUGGGGCGCCACCACCCGUCGGGGGGGGGGCCGAGGCUGAAGACACGAGGACGGCACACGCCAGCCGGGACCCACACUGUCUGCUCCUCCGCACCAGGCCCGCGCUGUCCCGCCUCAGCUGGCGUAGGAGGUGGGGUCCGCCCGCCAGCGACCGCAGGAACCCCGCUUUCCCCUGGAGAUCGCUAGAGAAGGACGCCCUUCAUGCCGUUCCUGCAAGAGCCAGUAGACUUCGAGUUGGCUAGCUAAUUAUAUCAAAGGCUCUCAAAAUUAUAUUUUUACAGUUUUCUGCCUUGAAAUGCCGCACACCCACCCUUCCAAAAAAAAGGAAAGAAAACAAAAUAAAAACGUUCAGGACUCGACAGUUGCUUUCUUUGAGAAGCAAACAAUUCAGUAGGUGUCUCUGCACCCAUAUUUUAUGGAAAAUCUGGAUACUAAAAGCGCAUGCAUCUCAGCGCUAGGCAGUGUUUGCCAGUUGCCUUCUUGGCUCAGAGGAAAGCCAGAAUUCUCUUGACGCCACCGCAAGAACACCCGUAGCUUUCACUUGAGAUGCAUCCGGUUUCCUUACGAAAAUUAUACUUAAAAUCCCUAGCACUAGAAAUGGAAUGUCCUUAGCUGAAUAAUGAAGGUUUCAGUGGAAUGUUGUUAACAGUGCCCUUGCAGAGCCUUCAGCGCUGACUACGGGAAACCUCCACGAGGCCAGGCGUCUGCGGGGCGGGCGGGCCAGUGCAGCCCCGGGAGCGGGCUCUCGGGGGGCAGGGGCGUUCUCUUCCCCAGAACACCGUUCUGGAGGGAGACAGAGUAUGGUGUUCUCAAUGGAGAGCAGAAGCCUGUCUUGGAAAGCCGUGUUCCCUCGGGACCGCCUGAGGGUUCUGGGAGCCACAGGAAACAGAGUGCCGCCCGGGAGACCUGGAGCCACGAAGCCAGUGCUCCCCGAGCUCGCGGGCAGCGCCCCCAGCCCCGGGGAACCGCUGCGUCUUCACUUGGGGUGCUGCUGUAGCGACUUUGAACACACUGUAAGAUAGACACGUUACCAUGAAAAGAUGCAUUCCUGCCUCAGAAUAAGUCAUGCACUUGUUACGGAAAUUCAACUCAGAUGAUGUUUACACAGCUACUUUUGUAACUUCCAGACUUUCUAAAACAUUCUGCUUGAAAACUAUAAAAUGAAAUUCCAAAGUUUCGGCCAUCAGGAUUGGCACAGGGCAAGUGGCCACGUGUGCCUAAUGUUGGGCUACCUGCGUGGGCCCGCCUAGCACAAGCCACGUGCGUGCAGAGCCAACAUUGCCCUUUCUCGUUGCAGUGAUUGCUUCGAGAAGAAAACCCAGCUAUUGUCUAGCUUCCAUUUUUUACUAAGAACUUUAACUUGGUCUCCUGUUAGGACAGGGUUGCUACUCAGUCCUUUUUUUAGGGCUGAAUUUCAUCAUAAAGAAAAAAAAUAUGCAAAAUAACCGGUCUUGUUAAGAGUGCAAUAUUCUAUUUUUAUGUAAAAAUAAAAAUGAAUUGGGAUUAUUUAUUCAGCAUGAAACCUUGUAUGUAUAUGUUGGAAACACUUCCUAAUGUGCAUGUGGGGCAAACAUUCCUGUAAAUUAUCACAAGCCCUGUUAGCUUUGUAUACACUGCCACUUUGGGUUGGAAAUAAAUUUCAUAAAAAUAGA